GAACCUUACUUUUUAGUUUACAUUCUUACCUAUGUUUUCCAGUUUUACCACGUGUUUAAAACGUUGUGAACUGAAUAAACUCGUGUCGUGUACAAAUUUAAUAAUGGGCAAACGAAAAGCUGGAUUCCGUAAAGGAGGAAACAAGAAUAAAGUAAUAAAACCAAAUACUGAAGGAGUUGUUGAUAACAGGCAGGCCUAUGAAGAUAUCGUGCGUGAAAAUGAAGCGUUUGAUAAAUACUACAAACAUAUUAAUGUUUGCAAUGAAAGUGAAUGGGAUGAUUUCCUUAAGUUUAUGAAAUCAGAUCUGCCAACGACUUUUCGCAUCACCGGCUCAAAAUGCGAAGCAAAAAAGAUGGUGGAUAUUGUCCAGGGACAAUAUCUUCAAGAAUUGUUAAGUCACAAUGAAUCACUUAAAACAACCAUCUUUCCUUUGCCUUGGUAUCCUAACAAUCUAGCGUGGCAGAUGGACAUCAAAAAAGAGAUUCGCCGUGAGGAAGCCUUCUAUAAAUUGCACAAUUUUCUUAUAUCUGAAACAAUGAACGGAUCCAUAUCGCGACAAGAAACUGUUAGUAUGAUUCCACCGAUUGUUCUCGACGUUCAAUCACAUCAUAAAGUUUUGGACAUGUGCGCAGCUCCUGGUUCAAAAACUGCACAGCUUCUCGAAUUUUUACACGCUGAUGACAUGGCGGUACCUUCUGGUUAUGUCGUCGCAAAUGACGUAGAUAAUAAACGGUGUUACAUGUUGGUACAUCAAGCAAAACGAUUAAAUUCACCUUGUCUGGCGGUUAUUAAUCAUGAUAGCGCUGUUUUACCGAAUUUAAGUGAGACUGUUAACGGUGCUAUUGAACAAGUUCAAUUCGAUAGGAUUCUUUGUGAUGUUCCUUGCUCUGGUGAUGGAACUCUAAGGAAAAAUCCAGAUAUUUGGUCUAAAUGGACUCCGGCAAAUGGUAUAAAUCUUCAUGGUAUUCAAAAUCGUAUUUUACGCCGAGGAUGUGAAUUGUUAAAAAUUGGUGGUAGGAUAGUAUAUUCGACGUGUUCUCUGAACCCAAUAGAGAAUGAAGCAGUAAUUCAUCGAAUUCUGGCUGAAACUGACGGUGCUAUGGAGUUGGUUGAUGUAUCUGCGCAAUUACCUGGGUUGAAGUAUUCGCCAGGUAUGGAGUAUUGGCCUGUUGGCUCGCGAAAUUUGGAGUUUUAUGAAAAAGCUGAGGAUGUUGAUGCUAAAUGGAGCACUACCAUUCGUCCGCAGAUGUUUCCAAAAACGGAAGAGGAAAAACGAAAAUAUAAUUUGAACAGAUGUAUCAGAAUUUUACCCCACCAGCAAAAUACAGGUGCAUUCUUUGUUGCUGUGCUUCAAAAAUUACAUCCCCUGAGCGUUAAAGAAAAAUCAUUCAAAAUACUCCCUCAAGAAGAAGAAGAAGAGAAGAAAGAAGCAUUCGACCCGAAACUCCCGCAGAAUCAGCGUAAACGCAGGCGUCAAGAUGGUUUUAAAGAAGAUCCGUUUGUCUUCUUCACCGAGGACGAGCCAGUGUACAAAGAAAUCAAAGAGUUUUACGAUAUUCACAAUGAUUUUGACUCGAAGUGUUUGUUGGUGAGGUGUCACGCCGGCAAGAAAAAGAAUAUCUACUACACUUCGCCGGCCGUGAGAGACUUGAUUGUUACAAAUCAAGGCACGAUACGCUUUAUCAAUACUGGUGUGAAGUUGUUUGUACGCACAGAUAAUCGAAACACGAAAAAAUGUCCGUUCCGCCUCGCGCAGGAUGGUCUAGAGAGCAUUUUCCCAACAAUCGGUGAAGCUAGAAAGAUUAGGAUACCUAAGGAAGAUUUACUCACACUGCUGCUCAAUGAUACACCGGAAAAAUCACCGAAAAUUGAGGAACUUUCCGUUGGCAUUCAGGAACAAUGCAAGGAUUUCGACGCUGGCAGUUGUAUAUUGAUUUAUACCGAACCUGGAAAAGAGGGAAGUGAUCCGAGUGAUAAUGAAGAGUUUGUUUUGCAUAUAAGUGGAUGGAGAGGCACGCAAUCGCUCAGAGUCUACAUGGCACAGUGUGGCACAAUUCAUUUACUACGAUUGUUAGGCGGGGAUGUGUCUAAAUAUGAUAAGAACAAGUUCCAAAAGAUUAAAACUGAGCGUAAUGAUAAUGGCGCCCCAAUCAUCAAACAGGAAGCCGCUGAAAGUAAUGGUGUUAAUGUAAUCAAGCAGGAAGCUGCUGAUGCUGAUGUUAAAAAAUCUACUCAAGUCUGAUUAAGUGAGUAAAGAAUUUAUUUUAUAACUUGGUAAUAUUAAACUGGCGACAACAAUAAUAAAUGAUUACUAACUAA